AUGAUACUUCACGCGCUGCUGCUAGGGGCGGCAUUUGCUGCCAGGGCGAAAAUGCUCGUCGUCCUUGAAAACGACCGAAUGAAGGAGCAGUACUCUUCCGUUCUCAACCAGCUCAAUGGAAAGUUUGAGACUCAUUACAAACUUGCUGAUGAUGCGGAUCUUCAUCUUGUAAAAUACGGCAAGAAUAUUUACCAAAACGCGGUUAUCAUGGCUCCAUCGACUGAGCAAUUCGGCGGCGAUGUCACAACGAAAACCUUUGUUGAAUUCACUCAAAACGGCGGUAACUUGAUGGUUUUUGCCUCUUCCAACAUUGGUGAUGCUAUUCGUGAGCUUGGAGCCGAGUUUGGAAUCGAAUACGACGAGACUGGCACCAAAGUGAUGUCCCAUAUGAACUACGACUAUGAAAGGGAUCAGCUUCAGCACGACCACAGCCGAUUCAGCCUCAAAGCUUCGGAUUCAUUCCUCGGCGGAAGUGAGCCCAUUGUCGGCCCUCCUGGCUACGCUAGUCUUCUAAUUGACAACGCCGUCGCAAUGAAGAUUGACAAGAAAAAUACACUCGCUUUUCCAAUCGUCAAAUGCAACAGCUACUGCUACUCCUGGUUCCCCAACGAGCCUAUUAGCGAGUACCCAAUGGCUGUCGGUCGUGACAUCUCCCUCCUCGCCGGAAUUCAGCUCCGAAACAACGCUCGAAUCGUUUUCGCCAGCUCUCUAUCAAUGUUCUCCAACAAACUUAUUCGCCAAAAGUUCGUGACCUACUGGGACAACAAUAAGAAUGAGCACGCUCGAUAUCAAAACUCCGUUAGCAAGCUUGCCAUGCAUGUUUUUGCCUGGGGAUCCAACAACUCUGGAACUUUUCGAAUCAGUGGAUUUCAACACAAACUUUUGGACAAGGAAAACUCGCGAAACGACUUCUACUACAUCAACGAAGAAAUUGAAGUUGUUGCCUUUGUCGAGGAGUAUGUUGAUGACAACUGGGAGCCGACAAGUUUGACCUUUCCCCAGCUCUGGUUGGAUUUCCACCGACUCGACCCCUUCAUUAGAAUUCCCUUUGCGAACGAAGGAGGAGGCAAGUUCAGGGCCACUUUCAAGGUUCCAGAUACUUAUGGCGUGUUUAACUUUAUCAUUUGGCAGACAAAGCUUGGCCACACCUAUAUCGAGCAUAAGCAACAGAUCACCGUUCGCCCUCUUCGCCACGAUAUGUAUGAGCGCUUCAUUGCAUCUGCUUACCCCUAUUACUUCUCUUCCUUCUCAAUGAUGCUUGGAGUCACGCUCAUGUCCUUCGCGAUCCUUUAUCACCGAGAUGUUUCUCCAGCGAAGAAAAACAACUAA